ACUGAGAGACCAACACACUCUGAAAACACACAGAGAUACACCAGGGGGACAAUCAGUAAGACGCGCAAAUAUGAAGGUGUUCGUAGUGCUUGCAGUUGCUGUAUUCUCUGGUUGCCAUGCCAACCUAUUCUAUGCGGAUGAGCCCAAGCCACAGCUGGAGCAGCUGACAGAUGCCUUCUGGGACUACGUUGCCAAGGCAACUCAAACAGCAGAUGAUACCAUCCAGAUGAUCAGGAAGUCUCAACUCGGACAAGAUGUCAGUGCUCGCAUCACAGAGAGCGCUGAUGUGGCCAGCCAAUACGCUGUGUCCCUACAGGAGCAGAUCCCACCGGUGGCCAAGGACCUAAUGACAAAGAUUACCCAGGAGGCAGAGGUGCUGAGAGAUCGUCUGGGACAGGAUCUGGGAAACAUCAAGGGGAAACUGGAGCCCUAUGCUGAUGAGAUGAAGACAAAAGUCCAGCAGAGAGUGGAACAGCUGAAGCAGGAUCUGGCCCCAUAUGCGGAGUCCCUGGACUCUGAGGCUCUGAGGGCCACCCUGCUCCAGAAGAGUGAGGAGCUUAAGGGGAGUCUGGAGCAGAGUGUGAAAGACCUGCAGUCUCAGCUGGGUCCUUACACUGAUGAGCUGAAGCAAAGAGUGGACCAGCGUCUGCAGGAAUUCCAGGAGAGUGUGGCCCCCGUGGCUGAGAACCUCCAGACCCAUUUAACCAGCAGAGCCAAGAUAGUUCAGCAAAACCUGGCCCCUUACGCUGAGGAUCUGAAGGACAAGCUCGACCCCUAUGCCCAGGAUCUGAAGGACAAGCUCACGUCCCUUUACCAGGCCUUCACCAACGCUAACUAAAUGGUCCAAACUAACAACACUCCUUUAUUGUCUGAAACAUUUAGAGUGAUUCUGUCUUACCCUGAACUGUAAAACAUGGAAAUUAAACUGUUCAUAUGCCCAGAACAGCCUAUUUAUUAUUAUUUAGUGCAAGAUGAGAAAUUGAAACUGAGGCUUUGCACUCAAAUAUGUAUAUAUGUGUAUCCCAUAUCCCAUUUUUGAAAUGACGAAAGUUAUUAUGAAAAUAAAGCUAUUGCAAUUAUGAACAUAA